AUGGGAUUCAACAGAGAGCAGGAAAAGGCUUUGAGAAAAAGACGCCGGGGUCCUGCAGAUAAGCAGUGGAAAGAGAUAUAUCGGAUUUUGUUUCCCCUUGUGCCAGAGGAGCUCAUCCCUAGCCCACGCUAUGACAAUGAUAUCGCAGAGUUGGACAAACGUCGGCGCAGAGACUUAGACCAGAUGGAGAGCUACCUCAGGCUUGCGGUGAGGAGACGUCUUGAGCAGAAGAACUUAAAGAUUCCUCGUGCACUCGAGAACCAAGUACGUCGACAGGUGAUUGAGAUCAUCGAAAACGCCCAAGCAGACGCUUUUCAAUUAUACCGACAACAAGACGCCAACUCGCCUAUGAGGAUGGAUGAUCCGGAGAUCACCAGCUGCCAAUCUUCCGAUUCCGGCUCUGCCCCGCAAUCUCAGACAGCUGAUGGUUACGGUCUCGAGGCUCCUUUGGAGGUCCCCACUCUCACAGCGAUGACUGAGGGCACCCAUGGUGGACUCUCUACGUCAACGGCUGGGGACAUCUUCGAGCCAUUCGUACCUUCGUCUGGCCUCCAGUAUGAUCUUGAUUCUUCUGUGGGCGGCCCUAAUGGUAUGGGACAACAGCAGGAGGGCGCAGACUGGAUGGAUGAUCAGCUUCUGGAUGGCGAGUUUUGGCGAUUUUGA